ACCAUGACAUCCUGGCUGUGGGGAACGUCUCAAGUAGACGAGCUAGUCGACAAAGCAACGUCGGAGCUUCUCCCCGCUGGCUCAGAGGACAUUGCACUCAAUCUCGAGAUCUGCGACCAGAUUCGCUCGAAGACGGUGCCAGCCAAAGACGCUGUGAAGUCACUCAAGCGGAGACUGAAUCACAAGAACCCCAAUGUUCAGCUACUAGCGCUCGGUUUGACCGACGUCUGUAUCAAGAAUGGGGGGGAUCAUUUCCUGCAGGAGAUUGCUGCUCGAGACUUCAUGGACAACUUGGUAUCCAUCCUGAGGAUGCCAGCCCUCAACUAUGAGGUCAAGAACAAGUUGCUGCGCUUGAUUCAGAAUUGGGCGAUUGCUUUCGAAGGCAAACCUAGCCUUGCCUAUGUACCCCAGGUGUAUAAAACAUUGAAGGCUGAAGGCUUCAAUUUUCCCCCGAAGGAUCCAACCGUUCUAAGCGCAGCCAUGGUUGACACCCAGACCGCGCCGGAAUGGAUUGAUUCUGAUCUCUGCCUUCGUUGUCGUGAUCCUUUCAGCUUUACCAAUCGCAAACAUCAUUGCCGGAACUGUGGACAAGUCUUCGAUCAAAAAUGCUCCUCCAGGUCUCUCCCUCUUCCACACUUCGGCAUCUCUGAUCCUGUACGAGUGUGCGACAAUUGCCAUCCAAAGCUCCUGAAGCACGCGUCCCAACACAAGCCUUCGACUCAUCAUGGCCGGUCAUAUAGCCAAGGAGCCAACCGACACCGUCAUCAGCGGGACUUCGAAGAUGCUGAGCUUCAGAGGGCCAUCCAGCUUUCUCUUUCCGAGAUGGGAUCGUCUCAUGCAAACCGUCCUGGCUAUGUUCCGGAGCAGCCCACCGACUGGUAUUUGUCGGAGCCGCCCUUGGUUGACCGGAAGACGCGGCCUAUUGCGGAUGACGAAGACGAUCCCGACUUGAAAACCGCUAUCGAGGCGAGCCUAAGGGAGGCAAAUGCACCGCGUCCCAGCGCACCCGUCGCACUGGAAACCCCGCGUUCGGACUCAACGCAGCCUUAUUUCGCGUACGCCGGCCCUGGAUACUCUCAGUCGUAUCCUCCUGCAUCCGUGCCUACCCCUCAGCCAUCCGUGCCAUCGUUACCGAACUACGAUCUUGCGCCUUUGGAGUCCGACGUCAUCUUGACGUUCAACCAAGCGGUCGAACAUGUACAGGCUCAACAUGGUCAGGACAUACUGCGCUAUCCGGCUAUCAAUGAGCUUCACCACAAGGCGACGACCUUAACGCCGAAACUCACUAUGAGCAUCGAGGACACUAACCGCAAACAUGGUACGUGA